AUGGAGAUUCAUCCCAGCCAGGAGGCAGACGAGAGUGGCCAUCGGGUGCUAGGGUUCUGCAGUGGGGCUGUCUGCAUGCCCAUACUAGACCUGUUGUCACCUGUUGGCAUACCUGUGAUGUGGCUAUUUUUAACAACCGCUUGUUUGAUACGUGGAACUUUAAGCGCUGGUGGAUUCUUUGAAAAUACAGUGAAUCCCGAAGUGUGGAUGAAUGCUAGUGAAAUAAUCACGUACAAUGGCUACCCAAGUGAAGAGUAUGAUGUCACCACUGCAGACGGGUACAUUCUUGCCAUCAACAGGAUCCCCCAUGGGAGAGGACAGACUGGGCUUUCAGGUCCCCGGCCAGUUGUUUAUAUGCAGCAUGCCUUGUUUGCAGACAAUGCCUACUGGCUUGAGAAUUUCCCCAGUGGAAGCCUCGGGUUCCUUCUAGCUGAUGCAGGUUAUGACGUGUGGAUGGGAAACAGUCGGGGGAACACUUGGUCAAGAAGACACAAAACUCUGUCAGUAAAUGAAGAGAAAUUCUGGGCCUUUAGCUUUGAUGAAAUGGCCAAAUAUGACCUCCCAGGGAUAAUAGACUUCAUUGUGAAUAAAACUGGUCAGGAGAAGUUGUACUUCAUUGGACAUUCACUGGGCACUACAAUAGGGUUUAUAGCCUUUUCCACCAUGCCUGAACUGGCACAGAGAAUCAAAAUGAACUUUGCCUUGGGCCCUGUGAUCUCAUUCAAAUAUCCCACAAGCAUCUUUACCAGUUUUUUUCUACUUCCAAGAUCCAUGAUCAAGCUUAUGUUUGGUACCAAAGGUUUCUUUUUAGAAGAUAAGAAGGCAAAGAUGUCUUAUGUCACAGUCUGCAACAAAAAGCUACUCCGACCAAUGUGUAGUGAAUUUAUGUCCUUGUGGGCUGGAUUCAACAAAAAAAAUAUGAAUAUGAGUCGACUGGAUGUGUACAUGUCCCAUGCUCCCACUGGAUCAUCAAUCCAGAACAUUCUGCAUAUAAAACAGCUUUACCAGUCUGAUGAAUUCAGAGCUUACGACUGGGGAAGCGAGGCUGAAAAUAUGAAUCACUACAACCAGAGUCGCCCUCCCUUGUAUGACCUGACUGCCAUGAAGGUGCCCACUGCCAUCUGGGCUGGUGGACAUGAUGUGCUUGUCACUCCUCAAGAUGUAGCCAGGAUACUUCCCCAAAUUACAAAUCUACGCUACUUCAAGCAAUUUCCAGAAUGGAACCAUUUUGAUUUUGUCUGGGGCCUGGAUGCCCCUCAAAGACUAUACAGUAAAAUCAUAGGUUUGAUGAAAGAAUAUCGCUAA